UGGAUAUACGAAAGAUUUUUCACUACAACUGUCAGUGUAAAUGCCUAAACCUAGAGGAAAAUCAAAGGUGAAAAGAGGAAAAAAGAGAAAAUCGGGGAAGAUCAAACACAAAAGGGGUGAUUCACCCCGACAGAAAAAGAUUAAACAGGAAAUUGACAUAUUGGGUAAAAUAGCUAUGGAGAACUUGUACUACAUCGCUCACAAUGCUCCAAGUGCACUAGUUUACCGUGGAUUUCGUUGGUCAGGAAUGAAAAUGAAAAAAGGGAAAGGCAAGAGGAAGGGUAGAAGGAAGAGAAGAAAAAAAUAAUUGCCCUAAGAUAUGCACUACUUAUAAUUUUUAUACAAUAUGAUACUGCUAAGAUAUGACUUUUUGCCUAUAUAUUCGUUCACUUAUUUCUAUAUUUGCAAUGCACUUUCAGAUUAUAUCUACAAAAACUGUCCUUCAGAAUGAUUUAUAUAGUGUAUAAAUAAACCUAAAAUAAAAACACUGUGUUCUUUCUUAUAAUUACACACAAAUUAAAUGCAUGAUCAUAACAUUUCAUAUGCUAGAAGACUAAAAUCCCUCAUUUCUGAGGUAAUUCAUCGCCCUGAACUUUCGUGCCACUCUCUCCAGUUUGAUUUUAUUUGUGGACCAAAUUGAGUCACAUGUCCACUCAUUUUUCUCAUAACUUUUCGGACACCACGUCAUGGUUCUUUUACUAUUCAUUUUGAUAUAAAUCCAAUUUUGUAAUUUAAACUUAUGUAUAACAAGAAGCUUUUAUAAAUAGAUAGAAUAUACCAAAGAUAUAUUGAUAUAAUUGUUCGACCUUUCUCACAAUACUUCAGAAACACCGACUAGUAAGUAACAUUAUGAAACUGAAAAAGAAAGCGAUCACACCACUGACA